AGAGAACCCUCAACUCCAGGAAGUAGUGAGUGAGGGAGUUAGUGCGACUUUCUUUUUUAACUUUGCUUUUUAUUCACCAGUUUUCAGACUACAAACAGUGCUGUGGUUGAACUGUUCCUGUUUCAAACAGUGUAAACACUUCUUUAGUCGUCAAACGUCGUGUAAGCCUGACGCAGGAGGACGAAGAGGACACAGACUUUACACACAUCACUAACUUUAAGAUGUUAGCAUCGAGUUUACUGGCUAACUACUGCACGGAAAACCACGAUGACCAGACACAAAAGGUGGACAGAUACCUGCCCCAUCUACAUCUGUCAAUGGAGACCAUCAUGGAUGUGUCGGUAAGAUUUCGACGUGAGAUGGACAAAGGCCUGUGCAGAGACACCAACUCUGCAGCCGCUGUCAAGAUGCUGCCCACAUUUGUGCUCUCCACUCCGGAUGGAACAGAACAAGGGGAAUUUUUGGCCCUUGACCUUGGUGGAUCUAACUUCAGAGUGCUCCUUGUCAAAGUUAUGGCCAAUGGCAAGCAAGAAGUGGAGAUGGAAGAUCAGAUUUAUACCAUCCCUGAAAACCUUAUGAGGGGCAGCGGGUCAGAGCUGUUUGAUCACAUCGCUGAAUGUCUGGCUGACUUCAUGGAGAAGUUGGGAAUAAAGGAUAAAAAGCUUCCUCUGGGCUUCACCUUCUCUUUUCCAUGUGAGCAGAAAAAGUUAGAUGAGGGUGUUCUGAUGUCUUGGACCAAAGCCUUCAGGGCAAGUGGAGUAGAGGGAAAGGAUGUGGUCAGCCUCCUGAGGAAAGCCAUCGCAAAACGAGGGGACUUCAAAGUUGACAUUUUAGCUGUGAUCAACGACACGGUUGGAACCAUGAUGACCUGUGGCUAUGAUGAUCAUCUCUGUGAGAUUGGACUCAUAGUGGGAACCGGGACCAACGCCUGUUACAUGGAGCAGAUGAGGAAUCUGGAGCUGCUGGAUGGAGACGAGGGCCGGAUGUGUGUGAACACAGAGUGGGGGGCUUUUGGAGAUGAUGGAGCCCUGGAGGAUCUACGCACUGAUAUUGACCGUGAAAUAGACGCCGGCUCUUUCAACCCUGGCAAGCAGCUGUUUGAGAAGAUGAUCAGCGGCAUGUACAUGGGGGAGAUGGUGCGUCUCAUCCUGGUGAAGAUGACCAAAGACAAGCUGCUGUUUCAAGGCAAGACUACAGCACAGCUCCUUACAACUGGACGCUUCAAAACCAGCUACAUCUAUAACAUUGACUCUGACAAAGAUGAAAGUCUUUUGAGGGCUGAAGAGGUGCUUCGGGACCUUGGCCUGGACCCUUCACUUGAGGACUGCAUUGCCACUAAGAGGGUGUGUGAGAUUGUUUCUACAAGGGCUGCACACUUGUGUUCUGCUUCUCUGGUGGCGGUGCUGCGGCAGAUCCGGGACAACAAAGCAGCUGAGAAGCUGCGUACCACGAUUGGAGUGGACGGCUCUGUUUACAAGAAUCAUACCGAGUUUUCCAGGAGGCUCCACAAGAUGGUACGGCGACUCGUGCCAGACUGUGAUGUACGCUUUCUGCAGUCUCAGUGUGGCAGCGGUAAAGGUGCUGCUAUGGUAACAGCAGUUGCGUAUCGUCUUGCUGCUCAAAAUGCCGAGCGUCAGCGCAUCCUUGACACCCUGCGUUUGAGUCGAGAGCAGCUCCUAGAUGUGAAGAAUCGGAUGAGUGAAGCGAUGGUGCGAGGUUUGUCAAGGCAAUCCCAUGAGCAGUCAAGUGUCAAGAUGCUUCCCACCUAUGUGAGAUCCACACCAGACGGAACAGAGCACGGCGACUUCUUGGCUUUGGAUCUUGGGGGCUCCAGCUUCCGAGUGUUGCUGGUGCAAGUGCGAAAAGGAAAGAAGCAUUCUGUUGACAUGCAACAGAAGAUCUACAGUAUCCCACAGGAGACCAUGCAGAGCACAGGGGAAGAGCUCUUCAAUCACAUCGUGGACUGCAUCGCUGACUUUCUGGAUUACAUAGGCAUGAGAGGGGCAUCCUUACCUCUGGGAUUUACCUUCUCCUUCCCCUGUCAUCAAAGCAGACUGGAUCAGGGCAUUCUUCUGAAGUGGACAAAGGGUUUCAAGGCGAGUGGCUGUGAGGGGCAAGAUGUCAUUAUGUUACUCAAAGAUGCUGUCCGCCGCAGACAGGAGUUUGACUUGAACUUUGUGGCAGUGGUAAAUGACACAGUGGGGACAAUGAUGACAUGUGGCUAUGAAGACCCCCAAUGUGAAGUGGGACUCAUUGUUGGCACAGGCACCAAUGCCUGCUACAUGGAGGAAAUGCGGAACAUCGAACUGGUGGAGGGAGGGGAAGGUCGGAUGUGUGUCAACAUGGAGUGGGGAGCCUUUGGGGAAUAUGGGGAACUUGAUGACUUCUGCACUGAGUUUGAUCACGUUGUGGAUGAGAGCUCUAACUACCCCGGGAAACAAAGGUACGAGAAGAUGAUCAGCGGCAUGUACCUGGGGGAAAUAGUGAGGAACGUUCUGAUGGAUUACACCUCCAAGGGCUUGCUCUUCAGAGGCAAACUGUCGGAGCGACUCAAGACGCGGGGGAUCUUUGAGACCAAGUUCCUGGCACAGAUUGAAAAGGAUCGUCUGGCGAUGCGACAGGUCCGCUCCAUUCUGCAGCACCUGGGCCUCACCAGCUCCACGUGUGACGACAGCGUCCUGGUGAAGGAGGUGUGCAGUGUGGUCGCCCGCCGUGCAGCUCAGCUCUGUGGUGCCGGUUUAGCCGCCAUGGUCGACAAGAUCCGAGAGAACCGCAACCUGAAUCAGCUGUCCAUCACUGUGGGAGUGGAUGGCACCCUUUACAAGACACACCCUCAUUUCUCCAGCAUCAUGCAAGAGACACUGCAAGAUUUGGCUCCGCAGUGUCAGGUGACUUUCCACAAGUCAGAGGACGGGAGUGGGAAGGGAGCAGCUCUGAUCACAGCUGUGGCCUGUCGGGUCAAAAACGAGGAGCAGCACUGAAAGGGUUUGACAGCAGCUGACAGGUCGAGCCAGAGCCUCUAAGACUGACACACUGUAAUAGGCCAGGAAAGUAAAGUCCCACAGGCCUGGCCCUGAGUUUUCAAAUUUUUACAGCUGUAGAGUUUAAUCUGACAUGACACGUGUGACUCUGAGUCCAUCGCAUGAUUUUAGUAUGUAGCUUCAGAAAUUAGUUCAUCAUAGUUAAACAUUGUUCAUUGUGUGUGUAGAGAGUUGCACCUUUAGAGAAAUAUGACUGUUACAAGCUGUGGGGCUUAUUUUUGUACACUCCCUCUAUUUAUACAGCAGGUCAAACAUCACAUCCUCAGGAUCGAGUGAGAAGAAAGACACUGUAAAAGGAAUUUCGUUGGUAAUUAGUAGAGUUUUGUCGACACCAGAUACAGAAAAGUUUCACCCUUGAAUAUCAGGCUCUACCUGGAAAUACUCUGAGUAACUACAUGAAAUGCACCUGCAGGAUUUUUGUAUUACGAAUACAUUUUUAAAACAGUGCCUUUAGCUCUAUAUUAUAUCAAAUCAAAACUGAAUGCAUUUUUCCACAGCACAUGUAUGGCUUCACAUCAACUUUACAGUCACCUUUGAUGCCUUUUAGUUUCGUUAGUUUAGUUAUGUCAUCGCAGCAUAACUCAUAAUAAUGGGUCAUUAAAAUCACAUCGGAAAGCAAGUAAGUAAGUAAAGCAGGUGAAUUGAGUUGAUCUACCACUGAUAAGAAAAGCCUUUAUUUUGUGUGAGCACAUCUAAAACCUGUUGCGAGCUUAGCCCCCCAUCAAACCGUUCCAAAAGGGAUUAACAAAGGCAUCUGUGUUUGCUUCACUGAAGGGGGGACUCAAUAAAACCGCAGUGGUGUGAAAGUAAAAUCCAAAGAUAAGCAGCGCUCCGGGGGUUAAAGGGGAUUCAAAGGAAUAAUGAGGGUGUUAAAUCUUGUAUUUUUUCUUACUGUGUGUUUGUUUUAUUUUAUUUAUUUUUUCUCUCAUGUAUUUAAUUUGGAUUGUAUGAAGAAAUACAAAUAUUGACCAUCUAUGGCAUCCAGUCAGCUGUCCACUGUCCAUACAGGAAUCUCUGAAAGUUACCGAAUCAAAGAAAAGUACAAUUAAUUAAACUAUGUGACAACCAUAAACAAAUCUCCACCAGUGGGAACAAGUGUUUUUGGAGUUGUUCCAAAAGACCCUCGAUAUUUUAUAUUAUUCUAUCCAUUUCACUGAUUACACCAGAAUAAACAUCUCCCUGUGCUACACUGAUAUCUGCUCCAGUAAGUACUUGUCCAAUAUUUAUAGAAGAAAGCUUGUUUUUCUGCUUUUUCAUUUAGAUGUAGGCUAACAGCUGUUUUACGAUGAUCAUUGAUGUACUGCUGCAGUCUGAACAAUGUCAUGAAGCAAAACAUCCACAAUAUAGUAAUUGUCUGAA